AUGCCGCCAAAACGUCAGUGGCAGCAACAGGGAAAGGGGAGAUGUGUCAAGAAACGUCAAGUCAUUGUCGACAACAAGAUCAUCGUCGCGAGCAAGUACUACCGCUAUUUGAAGAGAAUGCGUUUCAUAGAGGACAGCAUCAGAAUAGGAAAGUCUAAGGGUACUUACGUCAUUGGAAGAAUACAACACAAUCCCCACGAUUCAGACGAAGAGUUCGUUCUCUGUCUUUUCGCCAUGCCCAAGCCAACGGAGGACUUCCCAACGCCGGAUAUCCUCGUACCUGUAAAGAAACAGAACGUCACGUUUUUCCCUUGGAUGUCCACGAGACCGACAGGAGGAGAGGAAAAGAUUCUUUCGCCCCAGCCUCCAGAUGAUCGAAUUGUCGCAAACUUCAUCAUGGCCCUGGCCAUUCACGACACGACCCGAACGGAUUUCAAGUCUAGUGGACUCUACGCUAGAACAGUUGAAGCCAUAAUUGGUGCCUAUGUUGCCGAUGACUGUGGAAUUCUGAUCGGAGAUGGAGCCCGCAAGGUCGUACAUUUUGCGCACAAUGAGAUGGAGAAGCUGAUGAAGAACGCAUACCGCGCAACCGAAGCGGAGCUCUUAGCUCAAGUACAGGACUUAGAGGAAGAGAUUAAGAAGAUGAAAGAUCGAAAAAAGACAUUUAAGAAGGAGUUAAAGAAAUUCGAGCUCGACCGCGAACAAGAGUUCAACUAA